GGAGACCCCCCCUCGUUGCCGUUGCCGCUGUCGCCGCGCCGCUCGUCCGCCCGCUCGCCCUUGCAUGCGCAAAUGGACCCGGUAGAAGUCGCCGCUGCCCCCGACGCCGGGCCGGGCCCCGCCUGGCAGAGCAAAAAUGUUUAUUUACAGUGUCCGUGGGGAGCCCCUAACACAACAUCAAUAUCAUGUUCCCUUGCUGAUGUAAUGAGUGAACAGCUGGCAAAAGAGCUGCAGCUGGAAGAAGAAAAUGCUGCUUUUCCUGAAGUGGUUACUGUUGCUGAAGGACCAUUUAUUACCGGAGAAAAUAUUGACACUUCUAGUGACCUAAUGCUAGCUCAGAUGCUGCAGAUGGAAUUUGACAGGGAAUAUGACGCACAGCUUCGGCGUGAAGAGAAGAAGAUCAAUGGAGAUAGCAAAGUCUCCAUAUCCUUUGAAAAUUAUCGGAAGGUGCAUCCCUAUGACAGUGACAGCUCAGAGGAUGAGGUUGAUUGGCAGGAUACCCGUCAUGAUCCUUAUAGAGCAGAUAAACCUACUACUACACCGAGAAAGGGCUUCAUAGGAAAAGGAAAAGACAUUACUACUAAACAUGAUGAAGUGGUAUGCGGAAGAAAGAACACUGCUCGCAUGGAAAAUUUUGCGCCUGAAUUCCAAGUUGGGGAUGGAAUUGGGAUGGACUUAAAGCUGUCAAAUCAAGUCUUCAAUGCCUUAAAGCAACACGCGUACUCUGAGGAACGUCGAAGUGCAAGGCUCCAUGAAAAGAAGGAGCACUCCACUGCUGAGAAAGCAGUGGAUCCUAAAACGCGUUUACUUCUGUACAAGAUGGUCAAUGCUGGGAUGCUGGAGACCAUCACAGGCUGCAUCAGCACAGGAAAAGAAUCGGUUGUUUUUCAUGCAUAUGGAGGAAAAAGUGCAACUGAAGAUAAAGUUAUACCUCCAGAAUGUGCCAUCAAAGUGUUUAAAACAACUCUUAAUGAAUUCAAGAACCGUGACAAAUACAUUAAGGAUGACUACAGAUUUAAAGACCGCUUCAGUAAAUUGAAUCCACGAAAGAUUAUUCGUAUGUGGGCUGAGAAAGAAAUGCAUAACUUAACAAGAAUGCAAAAUGCAGGAAUUCCUUGUCCUCAAGUGGUUAUCCUUAAGAAGCACGUCUUGGUUAUGUCUUUCAUUGGCCAGGAUCAAGUCCCAGCUCCUAAACUAAAGGAUGUAACACUUAGUAGUGAAGAUAUGAAAAAGGCCUACUAUCAGAUUCUUAAUAUGAUGCAACAGUUGUAUAAGGAAUGCAACCUGGUCCAUGCAGAUCUGAGUGAAUACAACAUGCUUUGGCAUGAUGGGAAGGUCUGGCUUAUUGAUGUCAGUCAGUCUGUGGAGCCAACCCAUCCUCAUGGACUUGAGUUUUUGUUCAGAGACUGUAGGAAUGUUUCACAGUUCUUCCAGAAAGGAGGCGUGGCAGAAGCACUUAAUGAGCGUGAACUCUUCAAUGCUGUCUCAGGUUUAAAUAUUACAGCUGACAAUGAAGUAGACUUCCAAGCAGAGAUUGAAGCUUUGGAGAAGAUGAAUGAAGAUCACGUGCAGAAUCAUGGAAAGAAACUGUCAAUGUUUUCAAGUGAUGGAGACCCACCUAUAUAUGAUGAAUAGCACUGAGUGUAUAGCUGCUAACAAAACGAAACACAAAUUUACUGCUUCUAACUAUGUUGGUGCAGUGGUAAAUGUCAACUACCAAUGUCAAGAGAGAGUGGUUGACUGGGAAUACCAAAAUGGAAAACACAGCGAGCAUACGGUGAUGCCUCAGUGGUUUCUUUUUUUAACUUAGCCCACACAUCAGGCUGGCACUGUGAGAAUGGACUGUCACUACCUCUUUGGAUGGUCUGACAACUUCACCAAUUGCCCAGUUACAUUAGACUAAUGUAGCUGAGGUGGUCAUAUUUUGCAUGAUUCAGAGCUUAUAUGUUUUAUCUUAAAAAAAAAAAAAAAAUCAUCUAGAUCAUCUAAAGUAUAGUGGGAAAGCACACUAGGAGAGUCCCUCUUUUUUUCCUAUUGCUACUUGAAAAACUAAUUAAAAAUUGUGUACGGACACAAUGUCAGUGAGCGUUUCAUCCUUCUCCACCAAGGGCAAAAUGAAAAGUCAAACUAUGCGCUGCAAUCAUAUGAAAAACCAGUGUCUUUAUAUAUGCAGAAGUCUGGACCUUUUCAUUUGAAGUACAUGGAAUGUGGCUUUAUCUAUCUCUCUAAAUACAAUUGGGUAUUACAUGAGAAACAGAUUUGAAUCCAGCCAGCAGAGGACUUCUUUGGUGACGUGCCAGGAAAUCCUGAGGGCUGCAUCCAAGUUGCAUAACAAAGAGUAAGCUCAGUUAGCUUCACUCUGAAUAUACAAGUGGUUCCAAGAACUCUGUGCAAGCAAAAUUAAAAGUUCUCUAUAAUAAUCCUGUCUCUAAACUGAAAUUCUGGGUAGAGCAUCAAACAUUCUUACUCACUCUAAAGAUAAUCAUAGACUAUGAAAACUAUUGAUCAUCAUUAUUUUUAAAUGAAGCUUUUUGCUUACAAGUGCAAAAAGAAUACUCAAAUUUGUCUUUCUCAUGCUUUUUUCUUAAUGUCAGUCUCUUUAUUUUAGCAAGUUCUAAAAAUCUGGCAAUGUUUCUCUCCAAAACACAUUUAAAGAUGAACUGAUGUAGUGGGAUGGUUUGGAAUUAAGAAAUUCUGAUCAACUUCUUUUCAACUGAUUGCUGUUUCUGAUGCUGCUCUUUAUCAAGCAGAAUAUAAUGUUGCUACAUGUGACAUUCUCACAGUGUGCUGUGAAAAGUGAUUUUUUAAAAUUUUUUGUUUGGAAAACUGGUGGUGAAGUAAAAACUUAAGAUCUUGU